UGCGUUUUAAAUUCAUUUCUAUCUCCCUUCUCCAACGAAGGUGUGUCUGGCCUUUAACUCGUAAGAAAAUUUAGGGCUGAUUCACGGCAAAAUCAAAAUGUCUUCGAAAUCCAGAUCGAAAAAGGGUGCAUCUAAGAAAAAGGUGCAACGAGCGGCAUCCAAUGUUUUCGCGAUGUUCGACCAAACGCAGAUUCACGAGUUCAAAGAGGCAUUCAACGUCAUUGAUCAGGACAGAGAUGGAAUUAUCAGCGCCAAAGACCUGACGGAGAUGUUUAAUUCCCUAGGAAGGCCUCAGAAGGACGAUUACAUCGAAGACAUGCUGGGCGAGGCUACUGGGACUGUCAACUUUACGAUGUUCAUGACGCUGUUCUCAGAGAACAUGCAUGGUACCGAUCCCGAAGACAUGAUCAAGAGUGCGUUUACUACGUUUGAUCCAGAUGGCACUGGAAUCAUCAAUGAGGACAGGCUGCGACCACUGCUAAUGAAACUCGGAGACAGGUUUACAGAGGAAGAAUGCGAUGAAAUGUUUACUCAUGCAAAUGUUGACGACGACGGGAAUUUUAAUUACAAUGAAUUCACAAAGAUCAUAAAACAUGGUGAAAAAGACGAUUAGGAGUGUAGAGAUUGUAUGAUCGUGAAAAAUUCAAGAUAUCAUUGAUCUUAUUUCUGUGUUAGUUCUGGGGUAGCUCCCACGAUAUUUCAGGGGUUUUUUUUUGUUUUUUGUUUUUUUUCAUUCGUCAAGAAUGUCAGAAAUCAUUUAAUGUUUAGCCAAAACUGAUUAAAGCUCUAAAAUGUGUUUUAAUAAGA